AUGGUCGGACUCCUGCAAGGGAAAGUUGUGGUAAUCACAGGCAGUUCCUCAGGGAUAGGGCGCUUGAUUGCCUUCACCUGUGCCUCUCAAGGCGCUGAUUUGGUCCUUCAUCACCUCGGCACCACUCAAACACAGACGGACGUCCAAACUCUCCAAGAAGAAAUCAAUGAGCUGGGUAACGGUUCGAAGGCUGUCGCCAUAGGCGAGGAUCUCCUCAGCGACGGCGCUGCUCACAAGAUCGUCAGCAAAGCCGUUGAGUCGUUUGGUGAAAUCAAUGUCUUGGUCAACAAUGCUGGAAUUUGUGUCUUCCAGAGCUAUGACAAAGUAUCAAUGGCGCUAUUGGAAACACAUCUGGCAGUCAACUUUAAGGCUCUGUAUGCCCUGACACAGGCAACGAGUGAGCAGAUGAAAGCCCAAGGAAAAGGUGGGAGCAUUGUUUCGAUUGCAUCAUUGGCUGCCACAUUGGGUGCAAGAAACCUGAGUCAACGCAGCAAGUAA